GUUGAAAAGAAGAAAAUUCCCACAAGACAACAGAUACACGAGAUAUACAUUACUUAUAACUUUACUGUAAAACUGCGGUGUUCAAAUGUCACUGUAUCCAAUAAAUGUGAAUGCAGGUUUUAGUGGGCGUUUGCCUUUCACGCAGAACUCCACUCAAAAACGUAUUAAACGCUACUCUAAUCACGAAAACACGAUAAUAUCAAACAUUAAAUGUGUUCUUAGGUGGUUCGUCUGACGCUGUAGCAGGAACUCUUCAUUUCGGCACUGACAGCAUCCUCUUAGCAACGCUUUCUUUCUGUAAACAGUCAGUAGCUGGAUGCCCUGCUGACAGCGCAGACAACUGGUAGCACUACGCAUUCCACCAUCAGUAAAAGAUGUUAACCGCCUCGACCUGAGUUAUUUAUACUCAACAUGGGUGCUUUAGGUGUCCGCCAUACUCUCUAACCGGAGUAAUAUCUGAAGGGGUUACUCAGCCAAAUUGAUAUCCAUACCUUCCCUCCAUUACAAAUGGACCGAGAAUAGACCCCUGCGGCACCCCAUUAUUGAUGGUAAGCUUGAACCAGUGUUUACCACGUUGAAUGUAAAUCUCUAAUAAAACAUUAUUCCUUUGGUUGAACGUGACAGCCACCUAACCAUAGCUGUAUAAGUUAGCCUCACUUAGCUAACUUCAAUAAAGAAUGGUUACAAACAGGGACGUUAUAACACAAAGUACAGAAGAAGGAUUACACAUACAGUAGCAUAUAACGCUCAGUUAACUUAAGCUAGCUGACAACGUUCGAUCUAGCUGUCAUAUCUUUUGCUACUGUAUGUUCUCAUGUGUUAUGACGUAAUGUUCUAGAAUCCAACAGGAGGAAGAUGCAAACAUCCUGUUCGGUUGUCACACUUCUUUACAGGCAGACAUUCAUCACAGUGUGUUAUCAGACAGCAGCGUUUUUACUGACCCAGUUCAACACAUCAGAGAUGGAGAAACUGAGAGCCAAACAUUUGCACAUGGACCUCUGUAACAUCUAUCAGAGUGAGAUCAGGGUCCUUUCCAGAGACAUGGAGGCCCUUCAGCUGGAGAACCAGGAGCUGAAACACGAGUACGAAGCUCUGAUCUCAGCUGAGACGAAGGACCGAGAGGCCAUGCUCCUGGAAAUUGAGGAGCUGAAGAACGAGCUCCAGGGAGCUGAAGCCAGCAACAACCACGAGAUGAGCCGUGAGAUGGUGGCCAGCCCCUUCACAGUGGAGCAACAACUCGAGGAGGCGAAAAGGAAGCAUUCAGCUGAAAAGCAGAUGCUUGUCACGGAGCUCACUGCGGCCAAACAGGAGCUGGAAGAUCUCAACCAGCAGCUCAAGACAGAAAAACACUUGAGGAUGCAGGUGGAGGCAGAAAAACUGGAGGCUGUGGAGAUCGCUGAGACUCUUUUCCACAAACUGGAAGACAUGCAGAGGGUCUUAGAGGAGCGUUCAGCUGAGAGCUGGCUGCUUUCAGCCGAGCUCAAAUCUGAGAAAACCAAACAGGAUCAGCUUGCUCAUGAGAUCCUGGAGCUGCAGCAAAAGCUCCAGAAAGAACAGGACCUGAGGAACCAGGCGGAGGCUGAAAACUUCAAGGACUUUGAGAUGGAGGUGUCCGUUUGUAAAGAGUUCGACCGACAGCUCCAGAAAGAGAAGAAACUGAGGGCGGAGGCAGAGCAGAGCAAACUGGAGGCCCUUUUCCAAAGAUUGGAGGAGGCCCGAACGCUCACAGAAGAGGUUUCAGCUGGAAGCCAGAUGCUCGCUGACAGGCUGCAAAAGGAGGAAAAGAAGCAGGAUGCUCUUGUCGGAGACAUCGUGGAGCUCACUCAGAUGCUGGAUAAAGAAAUGGCUUUGAGGAUCCAGGCAGAGAACUACGAACUGGAGGCCGUCGGCAUCGUGGAGGCUCUCCGAAAGAGAAUUGAGCGGUGUAGAAGGAGGUCGUCUGCCAGGGCGAGGACUUACUGCUGCAACAGGAAGAGCUUUUCUCUUUGUUUCAGAAACAGAGGGAGGAGAAGAGCUGCACACCAGCACCGAUCAGCCCUCUCUUAGAGGAUGGAUGGAUGUUGAGUUCAACUUCACUCCUUUCUGAAAUAAAAAAAAUAUGACCUGAAACAAUGUAGCUUCUGUAGAGUUUUAUUAUCUGGGGAAGUACAUUAUAACUCGAACGACAGGAUACACAAUAUAAACACAGUGUGAUCCACAGUGUCGUUAUAUUGUACAUUCAUAAAUGCAUGUGUGCUUUCAUCAUUUAGACGCUUUUGUUUAUAAAAAUGUUCCUUUCUUUGUUCACUUUCUCUUAACAAUCUAACUCAGAAAUGAAAAUGAACCUGCCCUUUUUAUAUUAAAUUUGACUCACUUCGUAACCGUGGAACUAUAAGGUUCAUCUGACGUGGUUUUCAAAUAUUAGUCACUCACGUAUUGCAGCUCUAAAGCUUUAAACACUGUUUUUAUUGUGUUUUUAAGAAAACAAAUAUAUGUACACAAAAAUAUAAUAAAAU